AUGUGCGGCAUCUUCGCCUAUCUCAACUACAAUGUCGCGAGGGAGAGGAGAUACAUACUGGAGGUACUUUUUAAUGGCCUGAGGAGGCUAGAGUACAGGGGCUACGACUCCUCGGGCGUUGCCAUCGACUCCGAUCCCGCUCCGUUGAAAGGCGGGAGCGCUGACGUUGUACUGGACGAAGACGCGGCAACGAGCAGACCACCGUACAAUUCGCCUCCGCCUCUCAUGUUCCGCCAAGCGGGGAAGAUCGAGUCUCUCGUGGGGUCGGUCUACACAGGUCAGUGGUCGUGAUCUCGGGAAUUCUGCGGAUCGAGAUGACUGCAAACCCUCGGGAUUUGUAUUUUUAUUUAUUUUUCUUCUUCUCGUAAUGGUUUGAUCAAGUUAACCUCAUCGUGGAUUCAGAGACCCACGUCCAUAUGUCUAUUCUCUUUGCUCUUCGGUUCUUCAUCCUGCUCAUAAACCUGAAUUUUCUUUGCAUUGCAAUUGCUUGAUCACUCGGAUUUGACAUAUGAGACAUAAUUAAAUGAAUUAAUUAAAUUUAAUAUUCUUUUCACGCUCUGUAGAACCCUUAAGAUAUCUCUGAUGCGAACAAUCGAUAAAAACUUCCUACCUCGAGCGUUAUGAUGUGUUGCCCGCGUGGUAAAAGAGGUAUUGGGGAAGCAUUACAGUGAGGCAUUGGUUUCUCAGCGUCUGCCGGUCCUUGGCCGCGGGCAAAGGGGUGCUUCAGUCCUAUCAAAUACCGAUGAUACUCCGGCUUCAUAACUAAACGCUCAUUUUUCACGGGAAUGCUGUGAAACCCACAGGAACCUCUUCUCUCUUCGACUCCGAAUCUGGAAUCAGUUCAUCGUCGCUUUUAAAGAUAGCAAAUCCUCCUCUCUUUUCUUUUUUUUUUCAUAUCCCUGAUGAUACACAUGCUUAUUCACUAUCACUGAACAACUUGUUUGUUUGCAUAGUCGGGACUAUUUUUGUUUGUUUCUUUGGUUUCCUGGUAAUAUCUGUCAGGUGAGCAGUUGGCGGAUUUUGUCUUCCCUUUUGACUUUUCUUUGGUCUCCAGAACCUUGUGAAUCACCAUAGUUUAUCUUUUUCAGUGGGGUUAAUCUCUUUUACAAUGGAGAGAUCAUAGAAAUCUUGCAAAACAGAGAUUCCUGAGCUUUCUUCUUUUUUUUUUAAGUGGGCCCGAAUAUGUCAAGAUAGAGAGAGAGAAACUGCAUUUCUCCCCUUUUGUACGUUUAGAAUGAAAUGAGAGUCAUAUGAUGGGAAUGUCAUGGUUUGGGGUUUUAGAAAGCCACUUGCUUCUCUAUAGUUUGUUGUGAUGCUCCUUAUCGUCACCCAUUUAUUGAUCUUAGAUUUUUUCCUGUACACUGCAGGAUGCAUCAUGUAGGUGAUCAACAGUAAUAGUGGCAUCGAUAACACUCAUAAACUUGUCACUAGUAAAAAAAAAAUAAUCAAUUUUUUUAAGCCUUAUCUAAUAAUUUUUUUCCAGUGCAUGUCAAUUUUGAUCACAUCAUUUGCACGAUUGCAACUGAUAAGUUAUUUUAUGUAUGGAUAAUUGACUGAUGAUUGAGGUCAUAAGAAUUCAAUGGUGGUUGGUCCCUAUUGCGGCUGAUUAAAAAUAUAUUAAUUAUCUAUUGGGUGUUUUACCGACAGAAAUCCUUUGUUUUUACAUAUACAAGGUUCUUGGUAAUAUAUAUAUAUACAGGUAUAUAGUACCAUCAAGAGUAUUCCUUCCGUGCAAGAUAUUUGUGUAUAUGCUUUCCAUUUUCUAGAAAAUGCCUUUAUCUUUUUCUGCGAUACAACCUAGUAUUUGCUGAUCAAUGGGUUUCUUUUAUUAUUCAUAGAGGUCGAUGCAAUGGACUUGAACUUAGAGGAGUCAUUUUUUGUUCAUGCGGGAAUCGCACAUACAAGAUGGGCCACACAUGGCGUCCCUGCUCCAAGAAAUAGCCAUCCGCAGACGUCUGGUGAAUAUAAUGAGUUCUUGGUCGUCCAUAAUGGAAUUAUAACGAAUUAUGAGGUGAUUUUUUUGUGAUAAACCUUCUUUUUUUGUGCAGUCCCAUGCGAACUUGAUGUGUUCAUGUUUAUCAUUAUAUUGUUGGUUACGAAAGCAGUUUUUGAUGACUAAAUUUUUCUUUGAGCACUCAAACGCUCCAGGACAUUCAAUAGCAUAAUCAAUUGUUUUCAUAAUCUGAUGGUAGCAUACAAUCGAAAUCAUUCUAUGAACAGCUAUCCAUUUGAAUUCCUUAAACCUACUCUAUAUGCUUAUCUAUGAUUGCCCUCCCUCUGGCAAUUUAUGCAGCAGGAUUUAUGAUCUCUAUGUCGAUGUAUCAGAGAUAUGUUUACGAGUAAUUAUUUAGAAAUGUUACUAUUUUUCCCAUUUUUUAGUACAUUUUUCAUCAACUUUUUAAUGGAAGGCGUAAACGCCUGGAUUUCAUUGUUGAACGAAUGUUUUAAAAUACAUUUGAAUCAUAAAUCUUUGUGAUUCUUAGAUUUGCAAGCCGUCACUUGCGCAUUAUAAUCGUUUGAAUUUUCUUUUUAUGUGAGAGUAGACUUACUUCCCUUUACUAAAAGAAUUUGGAGGUUCAAACGAAGUUUUUUGGAGCAGUAACACAUACCGAAGUAUUCACCUCGUAUUUUUGAUAAACUAAUGUAUCAGCAUAUUCUUUUGUAUGCAAAGUAAAUAUACUUGAGUGCUUAUCAGCCAUUAAUGUCGUUUCUACCUUUACAUUCCUUGUGUUACAUUUCUCUUCAGGUCUUAAAAGAAACCUUGAUCAGACAUGGUUUCAUUUUCGAAUCCGAUACUGAUACCGAAGUUAUCCCAAAGCUCGCAAAGUUUGUUUUUGACAAGGCUCAUGAUGGGGAUGGUAAGUGCUUCUUUUCAAAAUUCAGCAAGUCUACAAUUUUGGAGAAACCAAAAUAGCUGGAGAAUUUUAGUAAAUAGAAGUUUGAUAGGUGACAAUGCAUGAAAACAGACAUGUAUCAAUGCAAUUCAGCCAUAGAGCACGAGUUAAACCAUUAUGUUUGAAAAUAUACAAAACGAAAUAUUCUUAAAAAAUUUCGUGUAUUUUAUAGAACAUAAAAUCUACCUAGUACUAAUCCAACUUGUGCAGCUUGAACUAGGUUGAUUGGAGAUAACUGUUCUUACACCUAUUUAAACAUGUGGGACUUUUACCCAAGAAUUACUGCAUUCCAAGAGCUCCGCAACAGUGGAUUAUUUAAUGGAUAUGGCCUAUAAACUAGGGAUAAAUUUUUAAAAGGUUAUGAUUAUGGACACUUCAUAUUUUCUCAGAGUGUUGCUUGAAUGGCAAGCAUUAGGCAGCCAGUGAACGUUUCCUAGAUUUUUGAAUAAAUAAAGUUAUAUAGAGGUAUAGAUUGAAAAAUAUUAGUUGGGAUUUUUUAUUUAUUUUUGAUGGAGUCACUGUUUUUUCUCUAACUGGAUUCCUGAGCUCGUUACUGCCAUCUAUUUUUCUCUGUGGAAUUCGUCUUACCUUUUUCUUUGCUUCAUGCAGGGGACCAGAUGGUUACCUUUAGUCAAGUUGUUAUAGAGGUCAUUAGGCAGCUUGAAGGAGCCUAUGCACUUAUUUUCAAAAGCCCACACUACCCAAAUGAAUUGAUUGCAUGCAAGCGUGGAAGCACAUUGCUUUUGGGUGUUAAGGAAAGCUUAAUUGAUCCCUGCUAUUUCCCACAAUAAUUUCAUGGUUUUUUUUUCAUUGCCUCUUGAAAUGAAUGCUUUGAAUGGAGUAUAAUCCUCAAUGGUAUAUGAUGUUCCUCAGUCAACUUCACUACGAAGCACUCUAAGUUGAAUGACAGAUGUAUCAAUCCUUUUCAAAACCAUAUUGUCUUAUUUCUGUUUGUCCCUCCUAGAAAUCAUUGGCAUGGAUCAUUUGAUGAAGGUUGUGUAUUUAGUCGUAUUUUUCUAUUUUCUCAAAUUUCUUACUUAUUAAUUUAUGGGCAACCCAGUCUUAUCUGUCCUGGGUGGAUAGAGGCUGUCAACCUUAUAGGUUUUCUCUGUGUUAAAAAAAAUCAGCGUAUCAAGAUUUACAUUUAGUGGGAUCUCCUGGAUAUGAAUGCAUAGAACAUAUAUACAAAUAACAAGUGUGGCAUCGUUCGCCUUAUAAUAUGAACAUGUCAUUCUCUGUUGUCUAUAUUAUUAAUAUGAACGCAUGGGUAUGACAUGUGCAGCAUCACCAUCUUUCCAUCAUUUGCAAUAAGCUUUGUUCCAUUAUUUAAUGGAUGCUGCAAAAUUAGGCUUUCAUAUUUCUUCUGCUUUGUCCGCAUUCCUCAUUAAUCACAGGAAGAUGAUCAUUAUUAAGUUAUCUUCCAAGGGGCAUACUUGAAAAUGGAUGUUAUAUCUCGGCAAGCUAGGUGUUCUAGCGUCUAAAUAUAUAUUUUUCCAAAUAUUUCUCGAACUAUGUUAUGAGAACUUUGGAUAGUUUCUUUCAUUUAGCUUUUUUGGACCUUUUCCAUUCUGAUGUAUCUUGUUAUACUGUCUCAUAUGCGUUGCUUAAGAGUUUAUCUGAGAUUGCAUACAAAUGUCUACAGCUAAUUCGAAAAAGAAAUUCUCCAUCUUCAGGAUGUCAAUGAAGACGCCAAAAAUUAUACACCGUUUCACGAUGCGACUUCACUGGCAGAAAACAGAAAACCAAAGGAGCUUUUCUUUUCUAGCGACCUCUGUGCUAUUGUGGAGCACACCAAGAAGUAUUUGGCCAUUGAAGAUGAUGAAGUUGUGCAUAUUAAGGUAAAGAUGCUCCAUUUGAUUUCUUAUUUUAAAAGAAUCUAGUAUUCGUGGAACCAUCGGACAGUGAUCCCUGUUUUUCUAUAUUUGGCAUGGCUGCUAUGACUGUGCAUACUUAGCCUUAUCACGCUGGGUUGAUCUAUGGACAGUUUUCAUGAUUCAGCUGAUUUUAUAUUAUUAUAUAUUUGUUCUUGAUGUUAAGUUUUAGGUGUCAGGGACCACCCUAGAAACUAGUGUUAUUUCCAGUAUAUCACCUGUGACAGUAGUAGUGUUCUUGAUGGUUGCAAUGAAUGCACUACAAUCUGAACCACAGCAGUAGUUUUUAAGCACUUCUAUAUAAACUAAAUCAUCACCCUGUCUCGAAGCAUUAACCAGUCUGUGUACCCAUUCCAUUCUCUGUCGAUUAUGGUAGCAUGAUGCCACGGCUAGAUUCUCCAUGUAUUCCAGAACUUCCACAAUCCUAGUAAGCAAUGCUACUCACUGUGUCAUAAUUUUCCUUAAAAUUAUGACAGUGUUCUAUAAUUUUUUUUAUUUUCCAUGAAAUUCUCAGAAAAAUCUGUGUACCCAUUCCAUUCUCUUCCCUGCUCUCUAUCUCUACAAUUUUCUGAGGGUAUCUUGAAUGCUGGGCAGGCAUUUACUUUUAUUCGUUGAUCUUACUAGGAUGGCUCUGUAUCGAUCCUCAAGUUUGAUUACGGAAAAGAGAAGCCCGCAUCAGUUCAGCGGGCCCUCUCUUUCCUGGAGAUGGAGGUGGAGCAGAUAAAGAAAGGGAACUACGACCACUUCAUGCAGAAGGAGAUCCAUGAGCAGCCGCAUUCCCUGACCACCACCAUGAGGGGCAGGCUCAAAGACAAGAGCGUCAUCCUGGGAGGGCUCAAGGAUCACCUGAAGACUAUCAGACACAGCAGAAGAGUCGUCUUCAUAGGCUGUGGCACCAGUUAUAAUGCAGCUCUAGCUGCCAGGCCCUUUCUCGAGGAGCUCUCCGGUUGGUGCUCUCUAUCUCUGAAGAUCUCCCUGUUCUAGAUGAAGUGCUCAGCAUGUUGGGUCACCUAAAAACCAACUCUUUAUUUUCCUUGAACCAAAAAAAAAAAAAAAAAAAAAAACAGGAAUACCCGUGACUAUGGAGAUUGCGAGCGACUUGCUGGACAGGGAAGGGCCGAUAUACAGGGAAGAUACUGCGGUCUUUGUUAGUCAGUCUGGGGAAACCGCAGAUACUCUGCUCGCUCUGGAUUAUGCUCUGGAAAACGGGGCACUCUGCGUCGGCAUCACCAACACAGUGGGCAGCGCGCUGGCCAGGAAGACUCACUGCGGCGUCCACAUAAAUGCCGGCUGUGAGAUCGGGGUGGCCAGCACCAAGGUGACAAAGAAUCAUUGAUAGAACAAAGAAUCAUGGUGGGUUUUGUUCUAGUUCUUGACUGUGUUGUGUGCUGUCUUGGCAGGCCUACACGAGUCAGAUUGUGGUUAUGACGAUGAUGGCGUUGGCCAUUGGAGACGACAGGAUCUCCAACCAAGCGAGGAGGGAGUCGAUCAUAGACGGCCUGUAUAAACUGCCCAGUAAGCAGCGUCUGCUACCGAACAUCGGACUCCCGCCAUUAAUGGGUUUUCACUAGCUCUAAAUUUCCUUCGGCAGGCGUCGUCGGGGAGGUCCUGAAGCUGGACGGCCAGAUCAAUGACCUCGCGAAGUCGUUGAUCGAUGCCCAGUCGCUCCUCGUCUUCGGGAGAGGCUACAACUACGCGACGGCCCUCGAAGGUGCCCUGAAAGUGAAAGAGGUUGCGCUGAUGCACAGUGAAGGCAUGCUGGCGGGGGAGAUGAAGCACGGACCUCUGGCCUUGGUGGACGAGACCCUCCCCAUCAUCGUCAUCGCCACCCGCGAUUCUUGCUUCAGGUGCCCUUCCCGUGGCCGAAUCCCGAUUUCGGUAGUCCGCUCCUUGCUCCAUCUUUAUUGACAUUCUGUUCUCGGUGGUGAUCUUUAUCGACAGCAAACAGCAGUCGGUCAUCCAGCAGCUCAGGGCGCGAAAGGGCCGUCUGGUCGUGAUGUGUUCUGAGGGGGACGCCUCUCUGGUUUGCCCCGGCGGCUCGUGCCGGGUGAUCGAGGUUCCUCAGGUCGCCGACUGCCUCCAACCCGUGAUCAAUAUCAUUCCUUUACAGGUACCUGCCCUCCUGGUUUAACAUCUCACCAACUCUUCCAAAGUGUGAGUUUUUAGAAAACUCGGGAUGAACUACCCUCUCUCUCUCUCUCUCUCUCUCUCUCUCUCUCUCUCUCUCUCUCUCUCUCUCUCUCUCUCUCUCUCUCUCUCUCUCUCUGUCUCUCUCUCUCUCUCACCCUCUUUAUUGAUUCUUCUUCUUCUUCAGCUGCUGGCGUACCAUCUGACGGUGCUGCGGGGGUUCGACGUUGACCAGCCGCGGAACCUUGCGAAGAGCGUGACGACCCUCUGA